AUGCACCAGAACUAUGACCCUAAUCAACAAUACCAGUUUCAAAACCAGCAACAGUAUCCAAAUACCAAUGCCCAGCAAUAUCAACAGUUUUCACCGCAACAGCAACAGCAGAUACCGACUCAGCAAGUUCAUUCUCAACCAAUCUUUCCUCAAUCAGUUCCACAGCAAACUUACCAACAGUAUGUACCCCAGCCUGCACAACAAUACCAAUUAGCUUAUACCAAAGCUCAACCUCAGCAACAGCAGGGACAAGGACAAGGACUUCCUCCUAUUGAAGGAUCUACAAAUCAUGGCCAACAGCAGCAAAAUCAAAAUCAAAAUCAACAUCAGCAACAGCAACAACCUAUGACAUACAUUCCAUAUCAGCAGCAACCUCCACAACCUCCACAACCUCCACAACCUCCACAACCUCCACAACCUCCACAACAACACCAACAACCUCAGCAUCAACCUCCGCAACAACCCCAAACCCACUCCCAAAUAUAUAUUCAAGCAUACCAACAUCCCACCUCGUAUCUUCCUCCUCCAAUGUCUCAACAAAUACAGCAGCAACCUCAGGUUAGAACACCUCCGUAUCAACAGUAUACACCGCAACCAAUCACUACUACUACCACGUCUUCUUCUUCAUCCUCUUCCCAAGAAACAAUAGCGCCAAUUUCUUCUUCAUCUCAGACAAACAUCUACAGCUAUGCUCAGCCACAAAGUCAAUAUAUCACUGGUUUUCAGCAACCACAAGCCCAAAACACAUCGUUUGUCUUACCCCCACCUUCUCAAGCAUAUCCACAACAGACUCAUUAUGCAAUUCAAACACCAUCCCUGCAACAGGCACCGCAACCCCAGACGCAACCGUUUCAAUAUUCUGAUACUUCUCUACAAUCUCCUAUUGGUCAAGGCUCUACAGCGUUGGAUACAGCAGUCACAACAAUGGUGCCAGUACCACCACUGGGAUCCACUCAGUCUUCAGUAAUGACCACCCAACAAACAACAAUUGACCCGAUGAUGCAGCAACAGCAACAGCAACAACAACAGCAACAGCAACAACAACAACAACAACAACAACAACAACAACAACAACAACAACAACAACAACAACAACAACAACAACAACAACAACAACAACAACAACAACAACAACAACAACAACAACAACAACAACAACAACAACAACAACAACAACACCAUCAUCAAAACAUUCAAGCAUCUCUACAAACCCACAUGUCUACUCCUAUGGAAGUAACAAUUCCACCCUCCACAACUUUAUCUGCUCCUCUAUCAUCAAUCCCUGCACAAGUACAAGCUACACCGCAAGUUUCUGUGUCGCCUAUGGCACCAGUCCAAAUGCAAAUGAAUGCUCCUUUACAGACGCCCAUCCAAACUUCUGUGCAAACCCCAAUUCAAACCCCAUUGGCUGCGCCAAUAUCAACUACAGUUCCAUUAUUACAGCCUUCAAUUCCAGGUCCUUCAUCAAUUGUUACCCCCACAUCUUUACAUCCAACUAAACCCAUGCGUCCAUCAUCAAAACGACAAGCUCAUUCUUAUUCGGAAAGAUCAUAUAGUCAUGAUAGUCAUUCUCGAGGUUCAAGCAGUUUUAUUCCAGCUUUUGGAUCAAGUACUGCUAUACAAACUAGUAAUUAUCGAUUUUCUCUAGAGGUUGCACAACAGCCUAUUCGUGCUCGCAUGUGUGGAUUUGGUGAUAAGGAUCGACGGCAAAUUACACCACCUCCUUGUGUAAGACUUAGAAUAUUUAGUGCUCAAACAGGACAAGAAGUCACAGACUUGAUGUCAAUUGAUUCCUCGUUUUUUGCUUUGAUUGUAGAGUUGUGGUCAGUCGAUAUGAAUACAAAUAUGUCUUUAGUACAUCCCUCGGGUCAAAUAUAUAAUCCUAAUAGAGGCCCUGCACAUGGACGUACUGCUUCAAUUCAUCAACAGCAACAAGAGCAGUAUCAAUAUUAUCAACAGCAACAUCAGCAACAUCCGCAACAUCCGCAACAUCAACAACAACAACACCAGCAACAAGCAACCACUCAAUAUUAUGCUCAACCACCAGGUGGUCAAAUGGUACCCCAUGUUCCUUCCGUUUCAACUGCAAUUGGAUCACAGGCUCCAAUGGUCUCUGCAUCAGCGGCUCCUCUCACUCGAAAUUUGAUUGGAACUUUGGUGGCAAUGGCAAAUAAAUUACAUGAUUUAAGCGAUAAUAUGGGUAUUUGGUUUAUUUUACAAGAUUUAUCUGUGAGAACUGAGGGUGAAUUCCGUCUCAAGUUUUCAUUUGUGAAUCUAGCUGAUGCAGUCAUGCCAAGCAUAACUUCAGACCUUUUAGAUCAAAUUGCAAUGUCUGGACAAGGACAAAUGGUACCAGGUCAUGACACUCAUGGCCAAGCCGAAAAAAAUAUAGACCCUUCUUCUGCUCCAAUCAUUGCUACAGUUUUCUCCGAGCCAUUCCGAUCUUAUUCUGCAAAGAAAUUUCCUGGUGUUAUUGAUAGCACCGAUUUAUCUCGAUGCUUUGCUACGCAAGGCAUUAAAAUUCCCAUUCGGAGAGAACACAGACCUAAAGAGAGACGAAAUAACGAAUAG